AUGGCAGCGUUUAGUCCACCUGCUCUAGAAGGAGACCUGCCCUCAGACACUGUCAAGUACCACGGAGUUGACGAUUUCCUUGACGUCGCACGACGGCAGUGCGCUUCACUACAGCAACUCAAGACUAACCAGCAGAUCCUGAAGUUUCGAUCGGUUGCAGAAAAGGAGUUUGAUAUCCUGUCAGCUGAUGACACGCGGCCGUGCAAGUUUGUCAAACUUCAGUAUCAUCGGCCAACCGAACUUCUACUCGUGAAGGUCACGCCAGGCUGGGAUCAUGAGAAUCAACUGAUCGCUAUGGAUGUUGACCUCAAGUGUUUUACGCUGGGUUCUCCGCGUAACGAACUUGGGGAUUGGACCAAGAGCCUGAUGCCUGUUGGGCUUCAGCCUUUUCGUCCAAUGAACCAACUUGUGUGA